UGUGUGUGUGUGUGUGUGUGUGUGCGCGCGUGCGCGCGUGCGUGCGUGUGGAGCUUUCGAACAACCCUCCGCCUCCACCCGCUCACCCUCCUCCUCCCCCGUUUGAGUGUCCCUGCCUGGUGCAGUUUGAGGGAUGGGGGUUUAGAGCAUGCACCGUCCAACAGCUACCUGUGUGGCCCCCGCAUGGAGUACAGCGGACAGGGAUGCGUUUGAGCGACCCUUUUUUCCUUUUUUUUUUCCUUGUCGGAGACCCGGGUGCCUCCUCACUUUAUCGGACAUGCCGACGUUGCGACAUAUUGUUGACAACAUAAAACGAGGAGGAGGACAUGUUAAGCGUAACAGGAGGAGGAGGAGGAGGAGGAGUGCAAGUUGGGAGGCAUCGAAGCUGCUGUAGUGAUAGUCGGGAAAAAACAUGAUGACAGUCCUGUAAUUGCUACCUGGGGCACAUUUUGACCAACUCUGACAAAGAUGGUGUGUACCUCCAUCCGUGUCUCUCUGUCAUCUAGGCAUUGCACGUGCCCACUUUUUCCUGUGAAUAUGUCUCGGUGAGAAAGUCUGGCUCGUCAGCCUCGCUGGGAAUCCCCGCACUAUUUUCAACAAGACGAGGAGGGAAAAAAAAUAAGCAAAAAUGGACAAAGAAACGAUUGGUACGCAGUAUGAGCCCGUGGCCGAGAUUGGAGAAGGCGCCUAUGGAAAAGUGUACAAAGCCAGAGAUCUGAAGAACGGGGGACGAUUUGUUGCCCUAAAACGAGUUCGCGUCCAGACGGAGGAAGAGGGGAUGCCUCUCUCAACCAUCCGGGAGGUGGCGGUACUGAGGCAGCUGGAAGCCUUUGAGCAUCCCAAUGUUGUCAGGCUCUUUGAUGUGUGUACAGUGUCUCGGACUAACCGCGAAACCAAACUCACCCUGGUCUUUGAGCAUGUGGAUCAAGACCUGACCACCUACCUAGAGAAAGCCCCUGACCCCGGCGUGCCGCCAGAAACCAUCAAGGAUAUGAUGUAUCAGCUGCUCCAGGGGCUGGACUUCCUGCACUCACACCGUGUAGUUCACCGUGACCUCAAACCGCAGAACAUCUUGGUCACCAGCGGAGGACAGAUUAAACUAGCCGACUUCGGUCUCGCCCGCAUCUACAGCUUCCAGAUGGCGCUCACCUCUGUGGUGGUGACACUGUGGUACCGAGCCCCGGAGGUGCUGCUGCAGUCUAGUUACGCGACCCCAGUGGACCUGUGGAGCGUCGGCUGCAUCUUUGCUGAGAUGUUCAGAAGGAGACCUCUGUUUCGCGGGAACUCUGACGUCGAUCAGCUGGGAAAGAUUUUUGAUGUUGUUGGGGUACCUUCAGCAGAGGACUGGCCCCAGGAGGUGGCCCUACCACAGAGUGCCUUCACCCCACAGCCUGCUAAGCCAAUAGAGGACUUGGUUCCUGAUAUAGACGAGCAAGGGCGGGCCCUCUUGUUGCAAUUCCUCGCCUUCAAUCCCUCCAGGAGGAUAUCUGCAUUUGCUGCACUUACCCACCCUUAUUUCCAAAGUGUGGACAGCCUCAGUCGAAGUGUGUAUGCGGCACAGCCUAUCCCCGGCAACAAGCCCGCUAUUGAAGAGAGGACUGCCUGAGCGUCCUCGCUGUCCCUCACCGUGCCCGUACAAAGUAUUCACCCGGCCGCUCGUUGGUCUUGAGCAUGCUUGACUGUUCAAUCAAAGUGCUUUGAACUAUGACUCCCAGUAAAAUGGAUGAAAUUGAAGUAUAAAACACAAGAUGAUGCAAGACAAACAUUCAUCUCUUAAAUAGCUUUUGGAAAUGGCCGACAUUUCACUUCACAAUUCUGCCACCGCUCAAAAUUAGCUCCCAUGCUUUAGGUUGUCGCUUACUUGUUUGCAAGUUGAACUUUGAGAGCUUGCGGACCCCGUGUGUAUAAAUUCCCAACAGUCAUGCAGCAACCAAAGGCGAUCAUUGAAAAGGGGAUGAAUCCUUGUGUGAUUUUGUGUUUUAUAUUUGUAGCUUUUCUGUUCAGCGUUAAAACUUAGUCCACUGUGAUUCAUUGUGGUAUAACAGAACAAAGCACGGACGACCAGGUGGUGCGUACAGUAUGCUUAAAUAAACCCUUCUAGGAGAGUACUUGGAAGAAGGCAAUGCUAGGAAUGAGGAUCUUCCGCCCCGGAUAUGCACAAAAGCUAUCCUCCUCCUGUGAACUGAUGGAUUGAAAUUGCUGCUUUUAGGUUCUAAAAUGUUGAUGAUUGACUACGUUAUCAAUGCAAAGACUCCUCUAUGACUGGGACUAAUCAGUGAAAGGACUGUAGACUCCAUGCAGCAGCCACUGUGCGACCAGUGUAGAGCUCCCUUCCGAGUCUUCUCGAUUGGAGGGGGAGGGGAGGGGGUUCCCCGAUGCCUAAAAUGGAUCAUUCUUCUACUUUAUGGACUUGUGAAGCACAAGCACGGUCGCAUUUACGAACACGUCAAGUGUGCACUGAUGUCCCCGUAGACGCCAAACGAAUGAGUCAUGACUAACUGCCACUUACUGCCGCCAACAUUACAAACUUACAAACGUUAUACUGCCAUCCAGAGGAUGCCCCGCGUAACUGCAGACCAGUAGCAGGAUUCUAAUGGUCUUUGCAACUUUGGGGCCAAGCACACUUAAAGGCAUUUAUCAACAUCAUGGGCUGAUACUGGUGCUCCGGCAAUGAUGAAAAUGAAAAGUUCUUGCCACUCCCUUGAUGUUUCUGACAUGAUGAUAGUUAGCCAUCAAGGUGUCUUAUAACCUUUUUUUUUUUUUAAUAUUCAACUGACACAGUAACGUACACGCUUGCAAUAGGUGGCUUUAGUCCCACCAGCACGAUUCAUCAGUACAUUUGGCAUAGAAUUUUGCUACCAAUAUUCUGUAUUUAAUUUUAAUUUUAUUGCUAAGUCUUAUAUGCAUGUUUUAUCAAGGUGUGUACUUGAUUUUUUUUUUUUUUUAAGAUGCCGGGGCAUAAAGUAUUCUUAUACCAACUCUAUAGAGGAUUACCGAACCUGUGUGAGGAUAAAUUGACGAUGUAAGGAAUGUAUAAAUGGCUAGAUGACUAUACUGUACUGUUUGUAGUGCAGCAGUCAUUGUAGAAAAUGUCUGAUAUUUGCAUUGUCAGCCCAUAGAAAUGUCACAAAAGCGGAUCAGGUAACAAAGUGAGGGUCAGUGGAAUGUUGUACGGCGAGAGUAUUUUGUCUGUUGAAAAUGUCUGGCGGGUUCUGCGGGUGCUUGUUGAAUUUCCUUCAGCUUGAAAGUGGCUGCAAAUAUGUGUGCGUGUGUUUUUAUUUUCUUCUAAAUAAUGCACAACUAUCUUAAAUUUCUUCCCCCGUUAUUUUGUAGAUAAGUCCCGCUCUGUUCAAUUUUGAUUUUGAUUUUUUACCAGCAAGGAAAAAAGGAAGUUGCAGAGAUGUAUUUUUCUAUAUAUUUUUUUUUUUUUUUUUUUUUUUUUUUGCGCAGAACAGUAACAUACUUUUAACACUGGUGUAUCUUCUCUUAACUGGUCGUGCUGCUAGCACACACACACACACACACACACACACACACACGUACACACACACACACACACACACACACACACUUUUCACACAUACACUCACAGAGUCAUUCUUUCUCAGGUUUUUGCUCCGGGUGUCCAAACCUUUCGCACAGUUUGCACAUCCUCUGGCUACUAACUGACCACAUUACAACUCCUUCAGGUUCUCUUCAAGCUGUCCAAUGAUCAUGCCAUUGAUCAUAUCCUACUGUCAGUCCUAUUUAUCACGUUAUGUUACUGUAGUCAUUACUGUAUGAAUAUAACUGCCUGUAUGAACUGUUCUUUUUUUUUUUUUUGGGCCACAAAAGCAACCUUUUGUUGCUAAUUGGUGAACGUAAUCAACAAAUCCUUAUCGGCUUGACUCAGCACUGUGUGAACAUUCUUUUUGGAAAUGACUCAAAUCUGAUGUUGUGACAUACAAUGCAAUGAAAGCUCAAAAUAUUUUAGGUUUGUAGGAGUUUUGGUAACGACUGCUUUAGUCUUUUAAACUUGAUACAAUCACUGUAUAUUGUUUCUUAGCCAGUAACAGUAUCACGUUUCAAAAUGAGUAAAAUUGAAUUCCACAUUUGAGCUUUUAGAGGUUUCGCUGUUUUAGGGACAUAAAGCAUCUUGUAAGUCAAAUAACACGUUCCUGUCUCGUUUUCAGCACGUCAAAUUGGGAUUCGGAACAAAACAAUCAUGUUGUUAUUGAAUGAAUUCAAGAAUUGGUGUCAUAUUAUUGUUUACACCAGCUGAAUUAAAAGCCGCUUUUUACGAAAA